GUUUAAUUCAAAACUUGUAAUCACUCCAUAUAAAAAGUAAAUUACAUUGCCUUCUUUGGAUUGAUUAUAUGAACCAACUCAACCAAGUAACAGAAAGAACCAAUUACAGCCUUAAAUGAUGGCAACAGGGAUUUACAAGUUGGUUCUGGUUUUCACAUUGGCAACUCUUGGAUAUGCUGAGAGGAGCUUAUACGGAGAUAAUAGUUUUGGAAUGGGGAUUCAGGAAUGUGAAACCGGCGAAGGAGAUGGCAUUGAUGAGCUGUUAGACUUCCCAUCAUCAUUUACAAGUCAUCGUGGGAACAAAGUUGUUGUCAAUGUGGAUAGCUUUGGUGCUCUUGGUGAUGGAGUUUCUGAUGAUACUCAGGCGUUCACAGACGCAUGGACACAAGCUUGUUCUGCAGAACAAUCAGUCCUCUUGGUUCCAUCAGAUCGCCGUUACCUGGUCAAUGCCACGAGAUUUAAAGGUCCUUGUGUGCGCAACUUAAUAGUCCAGAUUGAAGGAACAAUUGUAGCACCGGAUGAGCCUGAAAACUGGGAUGCAAAAAACCCAAGAGUUUGGCUUGCUUUCUCAAACUUGCAAGCAGUCACAUUCCAAGGAAAAGGGGUUCUUGAUGGCUCUGGAAGAAAAUGGUGGGCAGCCUCUUGCAAAAAGAACAAAACCAAUCCUUGCAAAGGAGCACCAACGGCUUUUACUAUAGAUUUAAGUUCUGCUAUUAAGGUUAAAGACCUUACAAUUCAGAACAGCCAACAGAUGCACUUCACCAUAUCUCGGUCAGAAUCUGUGCGUGUCUCUGACGUAAAAGUUUCUUCCCCAGGAGACAGCCCUAAUACAGAUGGAAUUCAUAUAACUGAGUCAAAAAAUGUUGUACUCCAGAGCUGCCAAAUAGGAACAGGUGAUGACUGUAUCUCAAUUGUGAAUGCUAGCACGAAUAUCAUGAUGAAGAAGAUCUACUGUGGACCUGGCCAUGGAAUCAGCAUUGGGAGCCUUGGAAAGGACAACUCUGUUGGAAUAGUGACAAAGGUGGCAUUGGAUACUGCCUUCAUACGAAAUGCUACCAAUGGCCUUCGAAUUAAGACCUGGCAGGGAGGGUCUGGUUAUGUCCGCACAAUACGUUUCCAGAAUGUAAUGAUGGAGGAUGUAUCCAACCCCAUCAUCAUUGACCAAUUUUAUUGUGAUUCUCCAAAAUCUUGCCAAAACCAGACAUCUGCAGUACAAAUAAGUGGGAUUGUUUAC